AUGGGUUGCUCACCUUCCAAAGGUCAGCUUUUUGCUGGAGUGUCCGCCCACAAAGCUCUGCAGCAUGAAUCACAGAAAAGUAACAACAAUAACCUCUCUGAUGGAACAGAAAUUCAGAGCAAAACAGAGACAGACAUAGUUUCAGCUGGACUAACAAUAUUAGAGGAUGAACCACCCUCAGGUAAAGAAUCUUCUCUUUGUGAUGUAGUGUGCGAAACAACAACGGUUGUAAGGGAAGAAGUUGUUGAAGAAGCAAAUGUGGAUUCACAAGAGGAACUACUGGCUCAAGAGAAGGCAGGCAAAAAGGGCGAAAGGAAAAAGAAAAUUAAAGGAUCCAAAAGGAGCAAGCACAAGGAGAGGGUGAGCAAAACUAUACAAAUUCAGUCAAAAGUAGAUCUCCCAGAAAAAAUGGUGAAAGCCCACCAAGCCGCCUAUGCUUAUCUGAACCCCAACAUUUCUAAAUAUGAGUCCCUUUUAGGGCUCUUGGACCAAGCAACACAGACUCAUCUCUCUUUACAACCUAUGGUGGCCUUGCUAGCAUUGCGCUAUGAGGAGAUAAACCAGGCCUUGGAGGAAAUUGCUGUGGAAGGGGAGCAGAUGUUGGAAGAGCAUGGAAAAGAUAUGGCCUGGCCAGCUGCACAUAGGGAGGUUCUGUUUAACCCAGCCAAACCAGAUGCUGAACUGUACUCACCGGAACCUCCUCCAGACUUGCUACAGCAGAUGCUCCAACACUCCACUGAGAAAAUGAAACUUGUAGAGGACUCGGUUAAAAGGCUGGGGGACGCUGCCUUGGAAGAAGCGGUAGACUACUUUGCCUCACUCUCUCGACUGCUGGAAGAGAAGCUGGUGGUAAAGAGAGCAGCAGAGGGACGUUUGAAACAGGUACUGGAUCAUGUGGAGGCUGCCACCCUGAGGAAGUCUAGUCUGGAAGACUCUGCCUUGCACAGUGAGGACAGUGGCAUUGGUGCAGACAACGAAUGUCAGAAUGGUUCUGUGCGACUUCGACGCCACCGGGAGAGCUCUGGGUCAGGAGCCAGCUCUGGUUCAUCAUAUGGCUACCCUGAGAACACUUUACCUUCUCAGCCUCACCUUAAUGGAGUUGAAGAGGAUAGGAGUGAUGAUGACGACGACAAUGAUGAUAGUGAAGAAGACUCUAGUGAGGAUGAAGAGGAGGCAAAAGAGGAGCAGGGAAGAAAAACAGCUAUCACGGAAAGAAAGAUGUCUAAUUUCUCCAGCAAUGCACCCCAAAGAGGGAGGCCAACAAAUACUACCUUGGCAUGGACUAAACAGAGAGAUACAAACACCAAACGACCCAAAACUGCAGAAAGUCGCUCAGUCCCAAGUCAAGAGAACCCCAGGCAUUCCCGUUUAAGGGGCCUGCGUCGGGCACAAUCUGCUGAUUACUUGUAUUGCAUGAUAGAUGACUAUACAGUGAAGAAGCAGGAGAAAUGCCAGAAACCUGUAUACACUGGAACAGGUCUGACUGGAGGUGUGGUCCAUGGUUGUCUUGUCAGGACAAGGUUGAGGAGGCUUUCGUCAGAAGACCAGAAUAUGGCAAGAUGCUACGGCCUCCAGUAUGGAAGCAAGGGACCAUUUAAGGCUACUCUGCCACCUAGCUCACCUUCUGCAAUCGUGCCUGCCCCUCCUGGCAGAAACGCAGUCAAACGACUCAUAAAUACCUUUAGCCAAGGUGUGCAGGACAAAUCUAUUCAAAAGACCCCUAAUGGGCCCAUGAAAGUAACAGGAAACAAAAGAGGUUUUCUGCCGAUGUUAGCCAACAGCAUGGAUGGCGAUUCCGCCAAUGGCAACAACAAUAACAACAUUUUUUCAGUUGACCAGAGGAUCUCAGAGAGACCUGAUGAUGUGGAUGUGGACAGCCUUCCUCCGCCUCCCCUUGAAGUACUGAUGGACAACUCUUUUGAGAGCAGUGAAGGACCCCCUGGCGAUGAAGAGGGCACGGAAACCCUAAAUCAGGGUUGUUCCAGACAGAGACAGAGAUGCGGUGUCUCUCAACGGCUACGAGCUUCGCUGCAGAUGGGUACUGUGCUCCCCAGCAGAGCCAGUGUUCCAAGACGCUCUCAGAGUAUCUCACCUGCCCGUCCUAUCAGGCAGGACGCUGUGGUUGGAAGCCGGCAAGGCCGAGAUGGUGACCAGCAAAUUGGAGUCAAUACAGAGAAAAAAGAGGUAGUCAGCCUUUACCAGCAGCCUCGAAAGAUCAUUCAUCUGCGACACUCAUCUGGUUCUCCAGCCAAAGCAGGCCCAGGUGGCCCAGACAUCACCCGAGCAGAAUCAGUGGCGAGACAGGGAAGCAAGGACUCAGGGGAAAAUGAAACCUUGAUGCCUUACCCAAACAGCUACCCACCAACAACUCCGCCAGUCUCCAGAGCCCGACUUCCACCCUCGUGUCCCUCUGUACGCCACAGAAUCCCAAGUCCUCCUGCUCUACCUACCUCCCCAGCUUGUGGUCAGUGGGGAGCCACACCAUACAGUCCCAAUGUCCAAAGAUGGACCAGGAGAAGCAGUGAUGAAGAAAAUGGCACUAGUUCACUUUCAUUUUAUGAUGCUCGCUCUGUGUUCUGUCAGGAGACCCAGUCAGCCACCCAGUCACUGUCAACUUCCUGUAUGUCCACUCUACCAAGACCAUGGGGAGAACCAUCCAGGGGAAGGCUGCAGUCUAGUCGACUACCCCAAACCUUCAUGAAAAGCAGCGCUUCAGGUGUCAAGCCCACCCUUAUUGACCAGCAACAGCCAUUCCCCAGUGCCACACAACCCCACAGCCAGAUCAAUGAGAGGAGAGUCCCAGCCUCAGUAAAUGAAGAGGUCCAGGAGACCCCAGUGAGCGGCUGCGUGACAGACCCCCGGGGCUCUCAGGCUGUGACGGGAGUGCAGGAGGCCGAGCCGAGCCAGAUAACAGAUAAUCCGGAUUAA